AUCUCACUAACCGACCAUCACUUGGCCAGACUGACGGAGAAAUCUGAGGACAGGUGCACUUUGUGGGACAGCCAGUUGACCAGUUUAACGUGCAGAAAGUCUGCCAAGUGCCUACCCAGAAGCGUAAUAUCGCGUGCGACUUCUCACCUCUUCUCUUUGAUCAAUUUAGAGGGAUUUCAAAGGAUGUUGGAUUCCAAGGAUUCUAAUGUGAAAAUGACAUCUAGUCAUAGGAUUUCUUUUUCUAUAAUUGAUAUAUUGGACCCAAAUAAAUUUAAUAGCAAGAAGAUAAUCGAACUUUCUCCAACAAAGGACAAGUUUCCUUUGCUGAACGCAGGAGUGGCAAGUUUAGAAGCGGACACUGGCUCAGAUGGAGAGCAGCCACUUGAGCACAUGGAAGCAGGCGAAGACACUGACCACUCAAGUAGCACAGAUCUCAAACACAAGGUAGCUGUCGACAACCCACUUUUAUUACGCUCAACGACUGAGCCAGAGGAGCAAGAAGAGGGGGACGUGGACAGCAUCAGCAGCAGCGCCGAAACUUCAGCAACACAUGACCUCUCGCCCCACAAACGGCUGCGCUCGGAUCACAGUUGUGCCAAGCCGCGACGCGCCAGAACUGCCUUCACCUACGAACAACUGGUGGCUCUGGAGAACAAAUUCCGCUCUACGAGAUACCUGUCCGUGUGUGAGAGACUCAACCUGGCUCUGUCCCUCAGCCUCACUGAGACCCAGGUCAAGAUCUGGUUCCAGAACAGAAGAACCAAGUGGAAAAAACAGAACCCGGGCGCAGACAGCACGAUGCCACCCGGGUCCAACUCUUUGGUCAGUGUCAACCCAAGCCCUGUGACUUGUGUGUCGAGUUCAGCCAAUUACCAAACUUUCCCAUCCUUCAGCUCUGUGAAUAUGAUAUUCCAUACUGAUGGUGCGGUUCCUCUGUCGUCCACUGGAGGGAUGUUACAUCCCUUUUUACCCAAUGGUUAUCAUCUCCAGCCGUCCUACUUUACCCCACAUUUAUGAGACAUGCCCUGCUUAAUCUAUUGUGACUUGAUGGUCACAUUGUGAUAGGAGGAUUAUAACUAUUGGACUCUCACAAAAGUGUAAUCUUUAACACUGUCUGUCCAUAGACAUAAUGACAGACAUCAGUCUGCACCCUUAGAUGAUUUGUUCAGAUGAUGGAGAAAAAUGUCCCGAAGGAGCCUAAAAUGUAAGGCUUCUUUUCAGACAAAUGGGUGGUGAACAAGACUAUUUGUAAUUACUGUCUGAUGUUGAUACAUCUGCUUAUCAUCGAAUUCCUCUGCAGCAAUGUAAUAAGGAAAAAGUGCUGUAUGCAGAUAUGUAGAUCCUUCAGUGUAUGUACUAUAGAGAUUGUCGGCCUGCAUAACCAAUAUCCUGUUUUCUCUAUCCCUGUAUUUGACUAUCUGGCGGGCGCAAAAUGUGGCAUGAUAAAAAAAAAACAUCUCUCCUUACUGUAUGUUUGUAGGGUGUCUCACUCACAUGCGUUCACUGUUAAAUCUGUCAAUCUUGAAAUGAACACAUUUAAAUUAAAAACAUAUGUACAACAUA